GCUGCGUCCUUCUAAUUUGCGCAUCCCGUGCGAAAUGAGAGGCAUUGUUGUCUCCAUUAAGGACAAAUGAGGCGACAUCAGACGCUGCGACACUUAGACUGGAAACGCUGCAAAAUUGGGCCGAGUUAAUUAGGGCCUCUCAGGCAGUCAUGAUCAGUUUAAAUUUUUUAUCAAUUUUUAUUUUAGCAUGUGCGACUUUGGAUAUUUGUAUUAGAUAGAAUCAGGAAAGAUCCUCCUUAGAAGUGUUCUGCUAUGUUAUUUUGAGGAUUUACAACUUCCCUGUUUACUAACCCGAUAUUGUAUUCAUCGAUCGCUUUGAUGUAAAACUCGACAUAUUUAAUUAUCCCCGAAGGGACACGCUCCAUUCACUCGACGUUAAAGCAGGAAGUUGUUCCCUGUCGCUCCCACUGCAGUACAGCAGCGCAGUUUCGAUGCCGAGAGGUCUGCCGAAGUGAGGAAAACUCCGGAGAGCAGCGAUCGGGUGGGUGAGAGCGAACCAUGGCCGAGAACAAAGCGGACAUCGGGGUCUCAGCCUGCGAUCUGAAGGAGCAGCUCACCUCCAGCAUCCAGCAAACUGCCAGAGCGACGACGCGGGCUGUCAUGAGCAAACUGUCCGCGGAGAUCCGCAUGUUUGGGAGAAAACGUGAAAACGCAGAGCUGAGGAGAAGAGUCUCCCCGGCAACCUACGAGUCGCUCAUAAUCGAGGAGGCCGUGAAGGCGGCUGCAGAGAUAAUUGUAUACGAAUUUGCCGGCUGUAUUGAUAAAAGAAUCGAAGAUCUACGCAUUGAUAUCUCCAGAUAUGCACGCGAAAUCGACAGGCUGCAGAAGCAACUGGAAAGCUGCCGAUGUAAGCCGGGACAUGUGAACUGUGCAGACGGCAUCCACAUGCCAUCGCCCGCGGAGCCGCUACUUCGUGCAGGAGGAGUAGCUGGAGCAGAAGACGGGCUGGGGUUCCAGAAAGACACCCCGGUUAACGAGCGAGCACCUCAAGAAGAGACGAGCGAACACCUAGGAGAUGAACUGGAAGAGGAGAAGAAGUGUUUUAUGCUGGUCUUACGUCGAUUAGAGCUGCUCGACGGUGUGCCCACGGCAGACAUUGCCGAUCGAGAUGAACUCAGACUUGCUCCGAAAAAGACUCAGAUGAUGGAUCGCAUACAAGAGGAGUCCACAACCAUGAAAAGCAAAAGGAUAUGUCAAGAUCCUUUGGUCAUAGACUUGUCCAUAGAUGGAAAGCCCCCUAAACAGAGGUCUCAUCUGGACAAUGUGCAAGAAGGAUCUGUAGCAGGAAAAGAAAAACUCAAUGGUGAGGAAUGUGUUACCAUUAAAGAGGAACACUUGGACGUGGAGAUUUCUUCAGAAAAUGCACUCAAACUACAAGAGGUUAUACCCAGCGAUGCAGAUAUUAAAUGGGAGCAACCAGAAGAUGAAAUCAAAAUAUUUAAGAUAGCCAAUGAGGAUGCCUGCUCUGAGGCUGUAGCACACCUAGAGCCAAACAGCCCUUUGCUAACGUAUGCCGCAUGCAUGGAGUGUGGAGAAACCUUCAGUUGUGUUUCAGACCUUAAUGAUCACCAGCAAGUUCACUCUUCUCAUAAAUCAUAUACUUCAACUGAAUGUGGGGAAAGCAUGAGUGGAUCCGAACUGCCAAAAGUUCAUAAGAGGUCUCGCAGAAAAGAUAAGCCUUACAGUUGUCCUGAAUGUGGGAAGAGCUUCAGCUACUUAGCGAGGCUCAAAACGCACAAGAGAACUCAUGUGUCCGACAAACCUUGCAGUUGUCCGGCGUGUGGCAAGAGCUUUGGCACUCCGGGGAAGCUGAAGAGACACCAGAGGAUUCAUACUGAGGAGAAACCCCAUGUUUGUAAUGUAUGUGGGAAGAGCUUUAAUGAAUCCACAAAACUGAAAGUGCACCAGAGGAUCCACACUGGGGAGAAGCCAUUUACUUGUAUAGAAUGUGGGAAGAGCUUCAGUCAGAUCCAGAACCUUAAAUCACACCAGAAACAUCACGCCGGAGAGAAGCCCUAUAGCUGCAAUGAAUGUGGAAAGACCUUUGGCUAUUUAGUCGGUCUCAAAGUCCACCAGAGGACACACACUGGAGAGAGGCCGUAUAGUUGCUCCGAAUGUGGGAAGAGCUUCAGCCAGUCUGGACAGUUCAAGAUCCACCUGAGAACUCACACUGGGGAGAAGCCAUAUAGCUGUUCCGAUUGUGGGAAGAGCUUUAUAAUAUCGGGUAAGCUCAAAAUCCACAAGAGGAUUCACACUGAGGAGAAGCCAUAUAGCUGUUCAGACUGUGGCAAGUGUUUUAGUGAGUCAGGUAAGCUUAAAAUCCACCAGAGGAUCCAUACUGGAGAAAGGCCGUAUACGUGUCCACAGUGCCACAAGAGCUUUGCCCAGGUGGGAACUUUUAAAAAACACCAGAUGAUUCACUUUCGAGAGAAGCCAAGCACUGCAAAUGAGGCAGAAGUGGAUGCCUAACUCUGCCUAACUAAGCCAUCAUGAGGGCAAUUCUAUAGACGAUUUGACAAUUUAUUCAUCACUACCGUUGCAUUUUGGAUUUAUUUAAAAAAUUUUAAAAAUUGAAAUCUAAUUUCAUUAUUUUCUUGGUCUCUUUAAGAGAUGGAAGACACAACAAUCUGUCUAUCAAGGAAGAGAAAUGCUUGGAAAUUCCAUCUAUCCCUUUAUAUAAGGGACAAGUUGAAUUAUCAGAGAAGGAGUUUCAGAGGUCAGUGUCCAUCCAUCUUAUAAUCGGAAGGCCAUGCUUGAGCACAACACAAAAGAUGUCUUAUUUAGGAACUGGAGCAAGACUGAAUGGUCUUCCUAGAUGGACAGAGGAACACAAGAGCUCUGACUCUAAAGAUCCUCUGGAUGGUAGAACCAGAUUUAAGUUAUUCAUGAAAUGAAGAACCACUGCAAAACUUCUGACUGCUUCAUGAUGCCCCAGCAAAAUAAAUGCCAGUAUUCAGUUUUAGUGUGAAGCUUCUGAUCAUGAAGCAGUGGUGGUAAAGUGCCAAGUUGUUUCUAUGUGUAUAGACAUGUCUGCCUACAGUAAUCAAAAUCUUAAUGACAGCAGAAACUUAUUUGAAUCUUCUAUGCUUCCCCCACAUAUCAAAACCAUAUCUGUCUAUAAACAAAGAUCCAGAAUCGCAGUUGUUAAGUUCUUAACUUCACGACAUGGUCAUGUUGGACUCUACAGCUUGGUAUAUCUGUGGGAUUAUUCGGACAGAAAAACAAAUUCCAUGACAUAGCUCUUAUUAUAACUCCAUACAAGUUCUUAGCCGACAUUUUUUUAUAGCCUACUUAGCGAGAAUUCACUGGAUUUGUUGGCCAAAUGCAAACCUACUGACUUUAGUCUACUUCAAGAUAUGUUGUGCAUCUAUUUGCUUAGUUGAGAAAAUUGUUCUUGAGUUAGGAUAUCAUGGAAUCUAACCCAGAGUAUUAGCUUCUUUAUGCAUUAGUAAAGAGCGAUGC